UGGCCAUGGUGGAUUUGCGCUGUCAUUUAUGAGCCGCUUGUUUUCUGCCACUUUGACUUGGCCCAUGAUCUCAACGGCCUCUCCUCCAUUCCACUAACAUCACCCCUCUUAUAGCUUCGUUCUCUCGCCCUAACCGUCCCAUAUCUUAAUCUCACGGCUUCCGCUAGUCGAUGGGCUCUACGGGUUCGUAUUUCUUCUUUGAAUCCUUAUCAGAAUCCAUCCGGUGUCCAUGACAUCGCCCGGAGAUGCUCCUCCGGUCAAACCUCCGCCGUCCUUCUCCCCCGGCGUGCCGCGUGUCGCAUCCAAGGCAAGGUACCCAGACCAACGCCGCGAUUCAUCUCCCGCUCUAGGUUCUACUUCAGAUUUGGCGGGGUCGAGGAUUAACACCUCCCCUACCCCGCCGCUCUCAGCCACGACCGCUGACCUUCCGAUCCGGAUUGCUUCGCCGCACGCGAGAUCUGUGAGGUCGAUUACGCCCCAAUUAACACGGUCAACGCUGGGUUCGCCGCUGGAGGGACGGUUUGAGGGCUCCGAGGAUAUCAGGUCUCUGAUCGCGCGCGCGUUCUCUCCUGUGGUCGCAGUCUACGCUUCCGCGGAUACCGAUGAAUUGGUCAGGCAGAAAGGUUUCAAGGGAGGUUUCUGGGAGUUGAUUCGACCUUUUGGAGAGGAUGUUCAUGGGAAGGUUGUUAUAAGGGAUAUCAUCGGGGCAGGCCAUGGUUGGGAGGAUUAUGGGGUUCAUUUUGUUGAUUUAGGGGGGGUGGUACAGAAUCGGAGUCCGGGUCAAGAUUCGUCUCCUCUGGCGCAGGUGGAGGAGGUGCUAGAACGGCAGCUUAAUUCAGCAGAUGAUCCUCUGGUAGGGUCAGUGCAACCGAAUGAUGUCCUGGGUAUGCCGUCAACGUCCUCGAUAUACAAAUUCUUUUUACGUCAACUCCUAUCUGCUUCCCCCGUGAGUUCGCAUGAGACCUUCCGACAUCCGGUGGCAUGCGUGAUUGCAAUAAGUUCGCGCAAUACCGCUCCGCUUGAGUCGCUUAGACAGCUGUAUGCAGAUACGAGCAAUGGCGACAAAAAGAUGCCGCCUUGGGUUCAUUCCGAAUUCCUUCGCUACUAUGUGUUGGUCCAUGACGAGGACCGUGAUGAUAUCACGGAGUCGACCAAACUUUACGAUCAAAUGAAGCGGCAUUUUGGGCUCCAUUGUCAUCUUCUUAGGCUUCGGAGUAAUCAAUGCGUCGUUACGGAUGAUGACAGUGUUCGGGUGCCUGAAUGCGAAUGGCUAUCGCCAUCGGAGCAUCUUCAAGGUGUGGGCCAAACAGACGGUGUCCCCUACCUCUUCGACUCUGAUGUUAUGGCAAUUAAAACAUUUGUUCGAGAACUCGUGGCUCAAUCGGUGAUUCCGUUCAUGGAGAACAGAGUUGCCGUCUGGAACGACCAGGUGGCAUCCCGAAGGCGUGGUCUUAGUGGGCGUUUCAUGUCCUUAUCACGACGAUGGACUGGUUUUGGAGCUGGCUCCAGAUCCAGUUUCGCAGGUUCUGGGUCAGGCGGAGUGAGUGGGAAUUACGAUGCAGUACAUGGAUUCUACAAACCCGAUACUCCGGAGGCAAUACUACGAAAACUGGCUGAUUUCGCUUUCAUGCUCCGUGAUUGGAAGCUGUCUGCAUCGACAUACGAGCUCGUGCGGUCAGAUUAUGGCAACGACAAGGCAUGGAGAUACCAUGCUGGCGCUCACGAGAUGUGCGCAGUGAGCAUGCUUCUCAAUCCGCUUGCAAUUUCAGGCAAAACCAAGCUCGAAACCGUUGAUCAAAUGCUAGAAACAGCAUGUUACUCCUAUCUCACGAGAUGCUCCGACGCAACUAAUGGCCUACGCUGUCUCACUUUGGCCAUUGAACUCCUCAAAUCACGCGGGGGCUCAGCAACAGAAAGCGCAACCCGAUGGGCUAUGCGGGCCAUGGACAUAGGGUUAGUAGGCUCAAUUGGCCAAAUCCUUUUCAGCGAGAGAGUGUCAGCGUGCUACGCGUCCAAGGUAGGGCUAGGAUCAGGCGUGUGGAAACAGGGGUCGCGGCGCAGAAAAGCCGGGAUGUGGAGUGUCUUCGCCGCGGACCUCUGGCUCAAAAACAGGAAACCCGCAUUGGCCUCCGCAUCUCUUGAAGAGGCUGAACGUCUUUACGCCGAUGUCCUUGAUACAGACGGCGUAUUCCCCAUGCCGGAAAUGCAAAGCUUCAUCGACAACUUACGACAUGCAAUCAGGGUCCAGUAUCUCGGAGCCAGAGGGUUGGACACCGAUGAAUAUGCAGAUGACAGCACAGCGCCGUUGGAGACCCAGGCGACUGAAGAAACAAGCGAGAAACUUGACAAACGCAGCCACCGCAGAUCACUUAUGGGUAUCCCGAAUUCGACAGAUCCUGGAAGUCUCAAUCCGCCACCGGUGACGAGGGAGAAUGAGACACCAUCGCAUGAUGAUUUUGAACGGGCUUAGCCUAGGGAUUUAUUUGAUUUGAGGUGUAUUUCGGCGUAUGGUAGGAAUAUAGUUUAUAUAAUCUUGGGUGAAUGAUUGCUUUUCAUCGAGUAUCAGUCUCGGAUUACACUUUUUAUU